GAAACCACACAGCAGCUUCAGCUGAGCUGUCAAUCAGCAGCAGCAGUCUUAUCUGUGGGCCGCAGGGGCUGAUGGGAGCUUUGAGGACCUGUUAGAAACCACGUGGCCCUCGUCUGAUCUCACAGCUCGUCCUUGUUUGGCCUCAGCUGCAUCAGAGCGCCACUUCUCCCCAGGUUCACCAGAGGAAACACCACUGCACAAAAUGCUUUUCCUCCCAGCUGCUGCUCUGUGCUGUCUGUGUUCAGCACUGGUUACCAUGGCAGCAGAACAGCUGAUUCAGGAUGAUUUAACAUUGACCAGGAGAGUUGGAGAAAGUGUCUCCUUCAGCUGUGGAGGGACUAAACAGUGUGAUUAUGAGUGGGUACUCUGGUUCCAGAAGAAAGAAACAUUCACCCUUAUCCUUCGUAUCAACAGGAAUACAAGUGACAUUCACACAGGUUACAAUCAUCCUCAGAUCGAUGAUUUCUCAGUGGAGAAUACAGUGAGCGGCUGUGAGUUGAAGAUAGAAAAAGUUAAACUCGAUCAUUCAGCCACCUACUACUGUCGCUGUGGAAAGAGAGAUACCCACAGAUGGUACAUCAUCUUUGGCUCUGGAACUAAACUGUAUGUAACAGAUGAGCAGGUAGUGAAGCCCGUGGUGAGCGUGUACCCAGCAGCAUCCAGAGCCCACCUGGAGGGGAACAGCUCCCUGCUGUGUGUGGCCUCAGCCAUGUUUCCUCCUCUGGUCCAGUUCUCCUGGAAAAGACAGAAGAAGAACGGCGGAGAAGCAGAGGAGCUGCCCCCUGCUGAGGGAGAGCAGCUGGAGCUCAGAGAGUCGGGACGCACCAUUGCCAUCAGGAUGGUUGAUGGGAGUGAUUCUGACACAUAUAAAUACAGCUGCUGGGUGAAGCACGAGGGGGGCACAGUGGAGGCCCAAACACAACAAGAGGUUCCAGCUCCAGCAGCCUCCUGUCCUCCAGAGAGAGAGCCAGCAGACCUGCCAGCUCUGCAGCCAGCUGACUUGUCCUUCCAGUCUCAGUGCAGGGUGAAGCUGCUCUGCCUGCUGUACACAGUGCUGAUAGUGAAGAGUCUGGUGUACUGCUGUGGACUCUCUCUGCUGAUGAUCCUCACAAACAAGGGAGCGUCCACCAACUGCACACAUGCUGACUGACUGUUUUCUGCUCGCCUUUUCUCACCAUCAAAUCUCAUCAAUUCAUCUCAUUCAUCACUUUGAUCAGUAUCACAAAUGUUAGUUAUGAUGUGUUGUGCUUAUUUUGGCUUUUUCUUCAAUAGUUAGAAGAUCAUCUGAAAUAAAUACAUCUUUACAUGUAUUGUUACUCUGAGUUAGAAUUCUUUUUGUACUUAUUGUGACUUUUAUUGUAGUAACAAAAAUCAUCAGGUAUAUUUUUAUCACAAGUUUUAUGUUUUAUUUUUAUUUUGGUUGAUUUUCAAAUGUCAAACAGUGUAGUUGUGUUUGUAAGUGUGAAUAAUAAAGAUUUCAAGAUGAAGAA